UUUACGUGCUUGUUGCUAAAUUUGCUAUUGAUGAGCUCCUUCAACUCAGCGGCAGCGCGCGUUUAUGCGCAAAAAGAGAAAAAAAAUUACUAUCUAGAUGAUUAAACGUAAGACUGCAAUUGCAUGUAUUUUGUAAAAGUAUUUCGCGUAACCUUGCAAAACCAACAGAAGCGCCAGUGAACUCCAGCCUCGCUGCAAUGUUAUUAGCAAAUGUGUCGGGAACACAUUUAGUGGUUAUUUUAAUGUUCUUCACGCAUUAAUAGAUAAAAUAUCUAAUAUAAUAGCUGGUUAGCCCAAUUAGUAGUGAGGUUUAUUAUCAAGCUCCUUCCGGACUAUAACCACAGAGAGAGAGAUCGCCUAAGAAUGUCUGACUCCGACAGCGACGAGGAUCAAGAUCGCCCUUUCUCCAUCACUGGCUUCUUGUUUGGAAAUAUUAAUGAAGAUGGCCAACUUGAGGGCGACAGUGUUCUGGACAAUGAGUCCAAAAAGCAUCUGGCCGGUUUGGGCAAUCUGGGUCUGGGCUCCCUCAUCACUGAGAUCACAGCCAAUGAGGAUGAGGAGCAAGAGGAAAACAAAACCCCCACCAAUGUGGAUGCAGAGGGUUGGGUGAAAAGCACUGAAGAUGCAGUUGAUUAUUCUGACAUCAGCGAGGUUGCGGAGGAUGAAACGCGGAAGUACCGACAGGCUAUGGGAUCUUUGCAGCCCUGCAGAAAAACAGAUGAUGAAGAUGACUACGAUGCUGAUUGUGAGGAUAUUGACUCAAAGCUCAUGCCUCCUCCGCCACCGCCGAGCCUUUCGAUAGCAGCUAAGAAAGAAGAGCCUUCGUCUCAAAGCGCAAAUGCUGGGGAAGAGGGUGACGGUAUCAUCCUGCCGUCCAUCAUUGCGCCUUCAUCUACCGCCGAGAAGGUCGACUUUAGCAGUUCCUCUGAUUCCGAAUCAGAAACGGACCGACCCGGCCCGGUUUCUGGACCGGGGGGCCCACCGGACAGACUCACCCUCCCGCUUGCUGGCAUCAUGCAGAAAGAUGCUGCCAAAGCUCUACCUGGCGUCACGGAGCUCUUCCCAGAGUUCCGACCUGGAAAGGUUCUGAGAUUCUUGCGUCUAUUUGGCCCGGGAAAGAACAUGCCGUCAGUGUGGAGGAGUGCCCGCAGGAAAAAGAAACGGAAGCACCGGGAUGUUCAGCAGCCUGGCUCACCUUUGCCUGAGGGAGAGCUCGAAGACCAAAGACAAGAUAAGACUUCAGGUUGGGUUUACGAGUAUGCAAACCCUCCACCUCCUGAGCAGUGUCUAUCAGACGAUGAGAUAACCAUGAUGGCGCCAGUGGAAUCCAAGUUUUUGCAAACUUGCGGUGACGGAGACAAAGAGACAGAAUCGCGACCUAAAGUCGCCGAAUGGCGAUACGGGCCGGCCCAACUCUGGUAUGACAUGAUGGGGGUCCCCGAGGACGGGAGCAACUUCACAUACGGAUUGAAGCUGAAGGAAAUCGAGCCCAGUGAGUCUCAGGAGCAGACCGCACUUGAAGAAACAACAAAGACGUCUGAGGAGGUGGGCAACAGUUGUGAUGCUGAUGGUAAAGAGGGAGAAGAUGACAGGUUGUCUCUGGAGAACGAGCUCUUCUUGAUGGUGACUCAACUGCAAUGGGAGGAUGACAUUAUUUGGAAUGGGGAGGAUGUGAAGCACAAGGGCACUAAAAGUCAGCGUGCCAGUCUUGCAGGGUGGCUACCCUCCAGCAUGACCCGCAAUGCCAAUGCUUAUAAUGCACAACAAGGACUGACAAGAAGUAAUUCGCACUUGGCCACGCCUACACCUCCUCUUCUGCCCAAAACCUUGUCGAUAACUGGCAUCAAGCGGGAUAAAAACAGCCAUGAUCAUCAGUCCAAUCAGGAAGACGAUGCCCCUUGGUUCUCAAUUUUUCCCAUUGACAAUGAAGAGUUAGUGUACGGGCGAUGGGAAGACAACAUUAUCUGGGAUGAUCAGGAGAUGGAUCACUUCCUCACUCCUCCAGUUCUUACACUGGAUCCCAAUGAUGAGAAUAUUAUUCUAGAAAUUCCAGAUGAAAAAGAAGCAUCGACAUCUCAUUCCCCGUCUAAAGAGAAUAAGAAGGAAACCGCAAUCAAAAAGAGUCGCAUCCUGCUCGGGAAGACGGGGGUGAUAAAAGACGAGCCGCAACAGAACAUGUCCCAACCUGAAGUGAAGGACCCCUGGAACCUCUCUAAUGACGAGUUUUACUAUCCAAAGCAGCAAGGUUUGCGAGGCACUUUUGGCGGUAACAUCAUUCAGCAUUCCAUCCCAGCCCUGGAGCUGAGACAGCCUUUCUUCCCGACUCACAUGGGACCAAUGAAGUUGCGGCAGUUCCAUAGAUCCACACUGAAAAAGUACUCUUUUGGACCGUUAGCUCAGCCCGGUCCACAUCCUGUUCAACCACUGCUUAAACAUAUUAAGAAGAAAGCUAAGAUGAGAGAGCAGGAGAGGCAAGCUUCAGGAGGAGGAGACAUGUUCUUCAUGCGCACCCCGCAGGAUUUGACAGGCAAAGAUGGAGAUCUGAUUCUGGCAGAGUACAGUGAAGAAUACCCUCCUCUCAUCAUGCAAGUUGGCAUGGCAACUAAGAUUAAAAACUACUAUAAAAGGAAACCUGGAAAGGAUCCUGGUGCGCCAGAUUGCAAAUAUGGAGAAACUGUUUACUGCCAUACGUCACCAUUUCUGGGUUCUCUACAUCCUGGACAGCUUCUUCAAGCUUUUGAAAACAACCUUUUCCGCGCCCCCAUAUACUUGCACAAGAUGCCAGAGACGGAUUUUUUGGUCAUCCGAACGCGCCACGGCUACUACAUCAGAGAAAUUGUGGACAUCAUGGUGGUCGGUCAGGCCUGCCCUUUAUAUGAAGUUCCUGGGCCCAACUCCAAAAGAGCCAAUACGCACAUUAGAGACUUCCUUCAAGUGUUUAUUUACCGCUUGUUCUGGAAGAGCAAGGAUCGUCCGCGGAGAAUCCGCAUGGAGGAUAUUAAGAAAGCGUUUCCGGUGCAUUCUGAGAGCAGCAUCAGAAAAAGACUCAAGCUCUGUGCUGACUUCAAACGGACAGGGAUGGACUCCAACUGGUGGGUGCUAAAGCCUGAUUUCAGAUUGCCAACAGAGGAAGAAAUCCGAGCUAUGGUGUCUCCAGAGCAAUGUUGCUCUUACUAUAGCAUGCAAGUGGCUGAACAGCGACUGAAGGAUGCUGGAUAUGGCGAAAAAUCAUUCUUUGCCCCAGAGGAGGAGAACGAAGAGGACUUCCAAAUGAAGAUUGAUGAUGAGGUGCGAACAGCUCCCUGGAACACAACGAGAGCCUUCAUCUCUGCCAUGAAGGGGAAAUGCCUGUUGGAGGUUUCAGGUGUGGCCGACCCGACGGGCUGUGGAGAAGGAUUCUCUUACGUCAAAGUGCCGAACAAACCCACUCAACAGAAGCAUUCAAGUAAUGUCCAUAAACCAUUGAUACUGGAUGAUAAGGAGCCCCAACCUGCUAAGAAAACAGUGACAGGAACAGAUGCAGAUUUGAGGAGACUUUCACUGAAAAAUGCUAAGCAACUGCUGCGCAAGUUCGGAGUUCCAGAAGAAGAAAUUAAAAAGCUGUCACGCUGGGAGGUGAUUGACGUCGUGAGAACUAUGUCGACGGAGCAAGCGCGUUCAGGAGAGGGCCCCAUGAGCAAGUUUGCCAGAGGCUCGCGUUUCUCCGUAGCGGAGCAUCAGGAGCGCUAUAAGGAGGAAUGUCAAAGGAUCUUUGACCUGCAGAACAAGGUGCUGGAGUCGACGGAAGUGCUCUCCACGGACACGGACAGCAGCUCGGCCGAGGACAGUGACUAUGAGGAAAUGGGAAAAAACAUUGAAAACAUGUUGCAGAACAAGAAGACCAGCUCCCAGUUGUCACGUGAGAGGGAAGAACAAGAGAGGCGGGAGCUGCAGAGGAUGCUGAUGGAGGAGGAAAGCGAUCGUGACAACAAGGGACGCAAGGAGCGACGCAAAGUCUUGUCCAGCUCGUUGUCCACCAGUUCCCACAAGGAUGACGAUACGUCCUCAGUCACCAGCCUCAACUCGGCAGCCACGGGACGACGACUUAAAAUCUACCGAACCUUCAGGGACGAGGACGGCAAAGAAUAUGUUCGCUGCGAGACCGUGCGCAAGUCUGCCGUCAUUGAUGCCUACACGAGGAUCAGAACGACCAAAGAUGAUGAAUUCAUACGAAAGUUCGCCCUUUUCGACGAGCAGCAUCGAGAAGAGAUGAGGAAGGAGCGUCGACGAAUCCAGGAGCAGCUGAGGAGACUAAAGCGAAAUCAAGAGAAAGACAAGUUCAAGGGACCUCCGGAGAAGAAGUCCAAGAAGAUGAAAGAGAGACCAGACCUCAAGGUAAAAUUAAAGUGCGGCGCGUGCGGUGCCAUCGGGCACAUGAGGACGAACAAGUUCUGCCCGCUUUACUAUCAGACAAACGCACCUCCUUCCAAUCCGGUCGCUAUGACUGAAGAGCAGGAAGAGGAGUUAGAAAAGACGGUCAUCCACAAUGACAACGAAGAAUUGAUUAAAGUGGAAGGCACAAAGAUCGUACUUGGCAAGCAGCUGAUUGAAAGUGCUGACGAGGUGCGCAGAAAGUCUUUAGUGCUCAAAUUCCCCAAGCAGCAGCUCCCUCCGAAGAAGAAGAGACGAGUCGGCAACGCUGUGCAUUGUGACUACUUGAAUAAACCACACAAGGCUAUCCACCGCCGACGCACUGACCCUAUGGUGACGUUGUCCUCCGUGCUCGAGAGCAUCAUUAACGACAUGCGCGACCACCCUAACACGUAUCCCUUCCACACGCCCGUAAAUGCCAAGGUUGUGAAGGACUACUACAAGAUAAUCACGCGGCCCAUGGACCUGCAAACACUGCGGGAGAACGUUCGCAAAAGAAUGUACCCGUCCAGGGAAGAGUUCCGUGAAGCUGUCGAGCUUAUUUACAAGAACAGCGCGACAUACAAUGGAGCAAAACAUCCAAUCACACAAGUUGCGCAGUCAAUGCUGGAUUUGUGUGAUACAAAGCUAAAAGAAAAAGAGGACAGACUGGUCCGACUUGAAAAAGCCAUCAAUCCUUUGCUUGACGACGACGAUCAAGUGGCUUUCUCCUUCAUCCUGGACAACAUUGUGACCCAGAAGAUGAUGGUGGUUCCUGAUUCAUGGCCUUUCCACCAUCCUGUCAACAAAAAGUUUGUGCCUGAUUAUUACAAAGUGAUAGUCGACCCGAUGGACUUGGAGACUAUUCGAAAGAACAUCUCCAAGCACAAGUACCAGAACAGAGAAACCUUCCUCUCAGAUGUUACUCUCAUCCACACAAACAGCAUCAAGUACAACGGUCGUGACAGUCCGUACACCAAGACAGCACUUGAUAUCAUAAGUGUGUGCAGACAGACUUUGGAUGAGUAUGAUGAACAUCUGACCCAGUUGGAGAAAGACAUCUCUACAGCCAAAGAGGCAGCUCUAGAUGCCGCAGACUUUGAAAGUCUGGAAUUGGCUCACGGAUCAUACAUGACACAGUAUGAUGAGCUCGAUAAGGACAUCUCCGCAGGUAAAGGCUCAUUCAUGGACUUGCAGAGGCUCGCCACAUCUUCGCCCUACAUAGCCCAGCCUGCUGAUCUGUUUGAUAGCGGUGCUUCGGGCCUGGCCAGGGCGCCAGCUGGCCUUUUCUCUGACGGACCUCUAGUGGUUGCUUCCGAGAAGAGAGGGGGGCAGGGUCGCCACGGGAGAAGGCUCAGGGAAGAAGAAUCAGAUGUGGAUAUUGAAGGCUUUGAGGAGGAAGAUGACGGCAAACCCAAAACACCUGCUCCUGCAGAGGACGCCGAAGGCGAUCUAGAGGAUGACGAUGACGACGAGGACAUGCUGCUGCCACCUCGCAGACGCAUGCACAACCGCCCAGAGGAUGAAGAUGACCGAAGAUCCAACCCCCUCACCCACGCCAGCGUCUUAUAUCAGGACCUUCUCAUGUCCGACGGAGAGGAUGACGCCAGCGAGGAGGAGGGCGACAAUCCAUUCUCCUCCAUUCAUCUUUCAGAGAGCGGUAGCGACUCUGAGCGAGAAGUUGAUGUGCGACCUCCGCCUCCAAGGAGAGCACAAGAAACGGCGCGCAUGGGCAUGGAACAGGACGAAAGCAUGAUGUCGUACGAAGCAGACGGAGCCGAUGACGGGCCUCACGUGGAAGACAGUAACGUCAGUUACGGCAGCUUUGAGGAGAGCCGCAGUCGGAUGCAGCCCCCAACCAGGGGAAACGUAGAAGACGACGGUAUCAGCGAGGAGGACGAAGACGAAGAGGACAUGCGUAGGAGAGGUCCGGCUCCACAUUCUCAGUAUGACGAAAAGGAUGGCAAAUGGUCAUUCAUGGACUUGGAAAGGCACAACACAACACCUGCACCAUAUGCACAGCAGCCGUGGCAGCUACAAGCAAACCGACAAGAUGGCAACAGCGAGGAGGAAGAGGAAGAUGAAGAGGAAGACGCCCGCAGGAGAGGUCCGGCCGUUCUUUCUCAGGUCCAACUCAGUGAAGAUGAGGAGAGUGAAGAAUUUCGAUCCAUCGGAGGCGACAGUGACAUGGAAUCUGACUAGAUAGAUAGAAGUCUAGAAAGCAGGUUUGCAAGUCUGUGCAUGAGAUUUUUUAAAUGUAAAUAUUUUGUACAUUGUUCUAUGAACCAUGUUUACACCUUGCCGUUCCCUUUAUAGGCUUUUAUUUCAGGCAUUAUAUUAAUGUGAGACAUACUUCCCUAUAAGGAUUUUGUUCUUUCAACAGUUAUUAUAUUGUUACUAAUUUACCAGCACCCCCAAAAAAUAUAAGUUGAAGGUCGACUAUUCUGCGAGAAAACAAAUAAAAAGUGUUGAAUGUUUUAAAAGAAAAAAAUUUCAUUUGUUUUGAUUGUAAUAUUUGUCAAGUCUAAAGUUCUGAAACUAUUGUUUAAAGCCGAAGCUGUAAAGUACAAUACAGGUAGUCCCCGGGUUACAAACGAGUUCUGUUAAACAGCUGGCGACGUACCCCGAAUUUCCGCUGAAGGAAUCUGACCUUUUAGCCAGAUUGCCGGAAUCACGCCAGCGCUGGCGCAGCGCCAACGACCCGGGCCGGCGAAAUCAUGACAACCCGGCCAAAAGUCCAACACCGCGCGUUCACCUUAGUCCAGUGCUUCUCAAUUAUUUUCUGUUACGCCCCCCCAAGCAAGAUGUAAAUGUUUCGCGCCCCCCCAAACUCUCUGCCGCCACUGUAAAUAGUAUUAUUCGUCUAUAAAAUUACUAUUAUAAAUACGCAUCUGCCUAACAUUGUGUCCUUUUUUUCUAAUAAAGAAAAAAAGUAACAGAUCAACUUAUAAUAAAGUAUAACUUUAUUAACAUUGUUUUGUUUGUAACAGAGAAGACUGGACGUGCAUCAAUUUGCCUGA